AUGACCAUCAAAGUAUCGUACACGCUCGGCUUCAUCAGAUGUCCCGAGACCAACAAGGUGCUCCUCCUCAACCGGAAUAAGCCGCCCUGGAUGGGAAAAUGGAACGGGAUAGGCGGCAAGUUGGAGCCGAACGAGACACCAGUGGAGUCAAUGUACCGGGAAGCGGAAGAAGAGACGGGCUUGGACUUGUCCAACUUCAGGAGCCGCGGCGUGCUAACUUGGGAAAUCGCCGUCACUAAUAAAAAAGAUGCCAUUUACGUGAAACAUGGGUUAAACGAGCUGAGUAUGCCCGUCACGGGCGGUCUUUAUUUGUUCACUGCUGAUAUCACAAAGGAGCAAUUUGAGAAUUAUCGCACUCCCUUAGUUUACAACGACGAAGGGAUCUUGGAUUGGAAAGAUUUGGAGUGGAUCACGUACGAGUUCAAUAUGGGCGUUGUUGAUAAUGUCAAGUUUAUAUUCCAGCAUUUGUUCGACUCGUGCGAGGCGGAUUUGUUCACUGCCAAAUAUGAGAAUUUGGAGUUGGUUGACGUGCAGUAUUUGCCGGGGAAGAACCCGUUGUGCGGGGCGCCGUUGAGCAACACCGAGACUAUAUCGUGA